AAUGGUUACGUGAUCCUCAGUGAGCCUGGCGCUGAGCCGACUUCUCGUAUCAAACUCAGCUACCCGAUAAGUUCUGUACUUGGUCGAAAAUUCAGUUUACAGCCCAACUUCUUUGGUGUAGAGCUGUAUAACGACUCUGAUGAUGAAAUUUCUCGAAUAUUGGGUGGUCCGGACCUGAUUGAAUCAGGUGAUGAGCAUCGUCAAUCUUCGUCAGGUGAAAAAUUUUUCGUUUGGUAG